AGUGUUGCACGACGGUAAAGGUAGCUUCUGGUUACAAACUCUGGACCAAUCAGGACGCCGCUUUGCUUUCCUGCUGCAGGAGCAACAGAAGUUCAACCUGGACCGCUUCACGAAGAAACUAGCUCUAAAGUCAAACUGACAAUGCGUAUUCACUGCCGCUGACACUCCUAAUAGCCAACAAAUUGUCACUAAAGGAAACAUUUCCGAGUAAUGACAAUGUUGGGUAUGUAUGUGCCAGACAGAUUUUCCCUGAAAUCGUCAAAUGUCCAGGAUGGAAUCGGUCUUUACACGGCGAGGCGAGUGAAAAAGGGAGAGAAGUUUGGCCCUUUUGCAGGUGAGAAAAAGCUGCCUGGUGAACUGGAUGAAAGCUCGGACACCAGGCUUAUGUGGGAGGUCCGUGGCAGUAAAGGAGAUGUGCUGUAUAUUCUGGAUGCUAGUAACCCACGCUAUGCCAACUGGCUGCGGUUUGUCCAUCAGGCGCCUUCACAAGAGCAGAAGAACUUGGCAGCCAUACAGGAUGGAGAGAACAUCUUUUACCUGGCUGUGGAUGAUAUAGAGACUGACACAGAGCUCCUGAUAGGCUACCUGGACAGUGACAUGGAGGAAGAGGAGGAGGAAGAAGAGGAGGAGGUCAUCAAAGAUGACGAUGAAAACAGUAAAGAAGCUAGGCAUCUUGUUGAAAUGGAGCUAAUAAUAAAGAAGGAGGACCACCCCUGCCUGCUGUGCGAGAGCAGCUUUCCCAGUGAGGAGAUCCUGGCCGCCCACCUCCAGAGUCUGCACCAGAGGCCCAGCACAGAGGAGAAGGAGUUCAAAUGCAAAAACUGUGGCAAGAAGUUCCCCAUCAAACAGGCCCUGCAGCGCCAUGUUUUGCAUUGUUCUGAGUCACUGGACCCAUCAGGCGACUCUAAAGCACACCAGUGCUCCAUCUGCCACAACGCAUUCAGAUCAAUAUCCAGUUUUGAACAGCAUAAGGAAGCCUGUAAAGGAGAUGCCAGGUUCAUCUGUAAAGCUGAGAGCUGCGGCAAAAGAUUCAAAAGCAAGGAUGCUCUGAAGAAGCAUAAAGGAAAUGUUCACACAGGGAGUGCACGUCGGAAACUCACGUGCACCAUAUGCAACAGAAAAUGCUCCUCCUCUCUGAAUCUCCAAGAACACAGAAAGGUACAUGAAAUACUUGACUGCCACGCAUGUGACAAGAAGUUCAUUUCUACAAAUCAGCUAAAACGUCAUAUGAUCACACACUCAGAGAAGCGACCGUAUACCUGUGAGAUCUGCAGUCGUUCGUUCAAGCGCCUGGACCAGGUGACGGCUCAUAAGAUCAUCCACAGCGAGGACAAACCGUACAAAUGUAAGCUGUGUGGGAAAGAGUUUGCCCAUCGCAACGUCUACAAGAAUCACAAGAAGACCCACUCCGAGGAAAGACCCUUCCAGUGUGAGGAGUGCAAAGCUCUGUUCCGCACCCCCUUCUCUCUACAGCGUCAUUUACUCAUCCACAACAGUGAAAGGACAUUCAAGUGUGACCAGUGCGACGCAACCUUCAAGAGGAAGGACACGCUCAACGUUCACAUCCAGGUGGUGCACGACGGCCAUAAGAAGUAUAAGUGUGACCUGUGUGAGAAGGCCUUUGUCACUCCUUCUGUCCUCAAGAGCCACAAGAAGACACACACGGGGGAGAAGGAGAAGAUCUGCCCAUACUGCGGACAAAAGUUUGCAAGCAACGGCACGCUAAGGGUCCACAUCCGCAGCCAUACAGGUGAGCGUCCAUACCAGUGCCCCUACUGUGACAAAGCGUUCAGCAAGAACGAUGGCCUGAAGAUGCACAUCCGCACACACACUCGUGAAAAGCCGUAUAAAUGCAGCGAGUGCAACAAAGCCUUCAGCCAGAAAAGAGGACUGGACGAGCACAUGAGGACCCACACAGGAGAGAAACCUUUCCAAUGUGAUGUGUGUGACCUGUCGUUCAGCUUGAAGAAGAUGCUCAGCAGGCACAAGCUCACUCACAACCCGAACCGGCCAAUGGCAGAGUGCCAGCUGUGCCACAAGAAGUUCACCAGGAACGACUACCUCAAAGUACACAUGGAGAACGUCCACGGGGAGACGGAGAGCUAGAGCCAAUUAUGGAACCGCCGGCUGACAAUGCUAUCUGAUUCCACAGAUGAAAUUCAGUCUCCCUAUGCAACCAGUAUGGCCUACACAUACUGUAUACACAGAUGGAGCGAUAGCAGAAAUGUUUUUAUUAAAGAUACACACAUGUAGGAUAUGGAAAACAUUUGGGCAAGUACUUCAGGAUUGAAACACAGGCUGUACAUUUGUAAUUUGUAAAGUUUGUCAUACUGUUUAGUAGGGCUGCUCGAUAUGAGGAAAAUAUGCGAUAACGUAUGAUUAUCACGAUAAUGAUAUUACUUGCAAGAAAAACACAUGUAUUAAAACGUACCUAGUUCUGCCUUUCUGCUGCUUUCAGUAUUCUGCCAAAAUACAAGAAAUUGCUGGUUGAAUUUGGAAAACCAAACAACAAUCAUAUCCUAAAUGAUUUUAUUGAACAAAUUAAACAUUGAAUCUAAAAAAGCACCAUUGAAAAAAAAAUGAAAGUUACAUUAAAAGUGUAGUUUUUUUUACUCAUUCUCUCUUUCAACUAACUAAAAAAUCUCAGUGUGUUUGGUGAUGUGUUUCUUGCCAAGUUGAUAUCGCGAUGACAAUA